AUGAGGAUGAGGCCCAGUCCAAUCGCUACCUGCCCGUCCCCCUCCUAUCACGCAAUCGCACGCAGGCGUCGCCGCCGCGGACGGACAGAUUCCAUUCGCCCCCGGCCCCGAUCCAUUUCUCACCAGAAGCGAAGACGAAGGCAGAGGAGAAAGGAGGUCGCGAGCAAGCCGGAGCCGGAGAAGAUGAAGACGUUCGAUCCGUGGCCGGUCUUCUUCCGCCGGGAGUGGAGGCGCAACUGGCCCUUCCUCACGGGGUUCGCCAUCACCGGCUUCCUCAUCACCAAGAUGACGGCCAACUUCACCGAGGAGGACCUCAAGAACUCCAAGUUCGUCCAGGAGCACAAGAGGCACUGA